AUGGCGGCGGCCGCGCUGAGGGAGCCGGCUCAGACAGUCUGUACUAGAGAAGGUUUUGAUGAGUGUAACAAAUGUGGGAAAGCUUUUAGCUGCAAAUAUGGACUUGUUCAGCACCGGCAAAUUCACGUUGGAGAACGGCCUUAUGAGUGUGGUAAAUGUGGGAAGUUGUUCAACUACAAAACCUACCUCAUUCUACACUGGAGAGUUCACACUGGAGCAAAGCCUUAUGAGUGUGUUGAAUGUGGGAGAUCUUUUAGCCAGAAAUCUGACCUCAUUCAACACCAAAGAGUUCUCACUGGAGAAAAUCCUUAUGAGUGCAGUGAAUGUGGGAAAUCCUUAGGCAAAGCUCAGGCCUCCUUCGACACGAGAGCUCCCACUGGAGCAAGGCUUUAUGAGUGCACUGAAUGUGGGAAAGCUUUUGGAUGUAAAUCCAAACUUGUUCAGCACCAGAGAAUUCACAGUGGAGUAAGGCCUUUUGAGUGCAUUGAAUGUGGGAAAUCUUUUAGCGAGAAAUCUGUCUUCAUUCAACACCAAAGAGUUUACACUGGAGAAAGGCCUUAUGAGUGCAGAGAAUGUGGAAAAUUCUUUAGCCAGAAAUCUAUCCUCAUUCAACACCAAAGAGUUAACACUGGAGAAAGGCCUUAUGAGUGCAGCAAAUGUUGGAAAGCUUUUGGAUGUAAAUCCAAACUUGCUAGGCACCAGAGAAUUCACAAUGAAGCAAGACCUUAUGAGUGUGCUGAAUGUGGCAAAUUCUUUAGACAAAGCUCCAGCCUCAUUCAACACCAGAGAAUUCACACUGGAGCAAGGCCUUAUGAAUGUGGCGAAUGUGGGAAAUCUUUUAGUCAAAGCGCCAUUCUCAUUCAACACCAGAGAGUUCACACUGGAGAAAGGCCAUGUGAGUGCAGUGAAUGUGGGAAAUCUUUUAGCCAGAGCUCUGGCCUCCUUCGACAUAGGAAAGCUCAUGUGCAGUGAAUGUGGGAAAUGUUUUAGCUGCAGAUAACCUCAGUCAGCACCUAAGAGUUCACUCUGAAAAAACGCCUUAGAUAUGUGAGGAAUGUGCUCUUUCAUUCCUUAGUAUAAAGCAUUGGAGGAAAGCGUCUGUGAGGAGCCAUCUGCCUGAAUUGAGUCUCAUAUAUUUUGGACAUCCGUAGACUGGAGAUUCGCCAUAAGUUUCAGUUAUGUGGGAAGCAUGUGUAACCUGCCUGUGGUCCUUGUCAGAUUUAUGUCAUUGCUAAUUUCUGUGGCAGAAGCCAUUUUACCUCUCCCACCUGGCAGGUCCACACCAUGUGCAUCAGUAACCACCCUAGUAUGUUCAGUGAAGCUGACCUGUUUGCUUUUCCAUUUGUUGGAGGAAAUCAUGAGUACCCUGAGCUGUUAUGGGGUCUUCAUUCACUUCUCUCUGACAAGUCAGAGCAUGGACCUGACCCAAUGUUGGCCCAGAGAAUGCUAUCUGAGUUCUGCUAAUGGCUUGCAGAGAAAGACUAGCUUUUUUAGGUACACAGU